AUGUCAGAGAAUCAAGCUCUUCAGAGACAAAUCCUCCGAGCUAAAGAACUCGCUAAUUUGCAGAAUGGAGAUGAUUGGAACGAUAGCGUCCAAUCUAAAGAAGAAAUGGAAGCUAAGCUCUUGAGCAGAUACGAAGCUACCAUGCGAAGAGAAAGAGCCAUGGCUUAUUCGUUUUCUCAUCAGCAACCAUGGAAGAAAUCAGCAGCGACGACAAACAUGCUUUUCAUGGAUCCGACGAAUCCUCAAUGGGGUUGGAGCUGGUCGGAGAGAUACAUGGCUGGGCGGCCGGCGGAGGCACAAGGAGGAGAGAAAGAUCCCGGAAACAAUGCCAAAAGUGGAAUCAACAUUACUGGAACCGAAAUUGCAAAAUCCUACGCUCGUCAUCAGCUCAACUCCGCCCCGUCAACUCCUAGGUCAAAAUCCGGUGGUGGUCCGGUAGCAUCACGGAAACCCAAGCCUGGUCCUAGCCCUAGCCCUAGAGCUCCGAUUACAGAGGCCAACGAAGACGAUGACUCAAAAAGCGUUGUUAGUGUUCAAUCCGAGAAGAAUCGAAGGCAUAGCGUCGGAGGUUUGGCCGGUUCUCCGGCAGCCGGUAAACGUAUGGUGGCUGGAAGUGGUAAGUCGGGAAAGGGGAAAUCGCGGGUACAAGGGCUGUCGGAGAACGGUGGUGGGAGGAUGACGGUGGGUGCGAAGAAAGAGCUUUCUUUUUCGGGUUCGCCGGCGAAGCCCAGGCGGCAUUCUGGGCCACCAAAGGUUGAAACCGCCGUGGAGUGA